AUGGGACAAAACCAGGGCAAGGAGGGGGAGCCAGGGCAGGACAACAGCUCUGAAGGACCAGAGGAAAAGGGACCAAGCCCAGACCCUGGGGGAGCCAAAGAGGAAGGAAAUCUAACCAUUGAAACUCAUGGAGUCGGGACAGAUGAGGAGAACGGUGGAGGGUUGGAUGGAGGCCCAGGCAGGGAGUCACCAUCACCUACACCAGUGCACGCUUUGGAUUCUCAUGAUAAGGUGUGCGCUCCCACGGAGGGAGGAGAUGGCGAGAAAGAGGGAGGAAGAAAGAGUAAUGAGGAAGGCAGGGCUGGACCGCUGGCUUCACAGCAGCUGAAUGGAAUCACACAGUCUGACAGUGAACCAGACCACGAGAGAAAAGACUUGAAGAGUACACUAGAAGACCGUCUGGAGAACUUUAGGUGUGACCUUCCUGCUAAAGACAAAGCUGAAAACGGAUACAGAGGAGAAAACAAGAGUAAGAAGUGCGCUUCACAUGUAAAGAACAAAAUGGAGUCUGAUUGUCGAGAUGAUGACAAGCUGAAGAGCCAGGAGAAGGACAGAAAACUCGAUUUUGAAGCUACCUGUGAUAUUACAGGGCCUACCUUGGAGAUUCUGGAAGGGAAGGACGUUUCAAAACCACGUGGUGGGAACGCCAACACAAAUGUUCACUUCACAGUUCUAGACCAAGCGUUAGUCAUUACAGAAGACAUCAAGUUGAAGACCAGCAUGACUGAAUCGCAGAACAAGAGGACGAUUAACAAGCCCACAACAUCAAACCUUGUGAUGAACUCACAAGCAGAAACAUCAAAGGACAUCACUGAGGCAAUUGAGCACAGCAAUGAAGAAAUACAGAGGGAGCUGCCAGAGAAGAACGCCGAAACCCAAGGAGAAAACGUUACGGGCCGUCAGCCAACAGAAGAUGUCAUAAAGACCAGAUUUACUAGUUCAGCUCUGGCAGGUGCGGAUUUACCAAGCAAAGCUGUGAGUCUGAGCCCAGAGGACCUCAGUGCCUUAGAAGUGGCAUCCAAGAGCUAUCGACAAAUAUCUGCAGGCGAAUUCACACAGGACGAGUUUCAGAAAGAAAGGCAAUUUAAUGUGUCAGACUCUGAGAGCCCUUGGACCAAGGAACAUUCACUUGGGAGAUCACCCGCUGGAGGUCACAAAAAUAAAGAUGGCAUGAGAGAGAGCGAAGAAAGAGAAUAUCUGGAAUCUGCUUCAAAGGGUCCCUAUCAUUCCUAUGCAAAGAAAACCAAGAUAAAAGAUCAUUCUCUGUGUGGAACAGAAACAGAAGAGGGUUGUUUUGUGACAUCUAAUAUUGCCAUUGUAGGAACGCGGGGUGAAAACAAACCAUGGCUACAAAGAUAUGAAGAUGAGAAAUGCAUUGCAUUCUCUGAAGACAUUACAGAUUCGAACCCCCCUUGUAAAUCUGAUGUUCAAGUUAUGCAAGAAAAUGAAAAGGAGGAUUUCCCUCUUUCAGCAAAGGCCAAAGUACACACAGAGAAAAGUCUGGAAUGGUUUCUGGCUGAAGAAGUGAUAAAACCCCUUCCAGAGACUGUGAAGGAUACCACAUAUGAGAUGGAUCCAGAAUGUUCCUCUUCUGUAAGUGCACUGAUUGAUGUAGAAGAGCAACAGAGGAUUGUGGGAAACGCUAACUCGGCCGACAUGACGUCAUCAGAGAAAGACAAGGUCGGCAAGUCUACGAUCAGCUUGUGUAAGGAAACAUCUGCAACUGGUUCCAUCUCUGAGCUCAUUGCUGGUCCUGAGACAACUUCAGUUCGCAUUGAUGAUAGGCCAAGUGUGGACAAGAAAACAGAAGUCACUCUUUCUGCUUCUUCUCAGCUUCAAGAAACAUUUUUUUUGAAGGUUUUAACAAAUGCAGAUGUAUCCGGUCAGGUCCGGGAUAGUUGUGCUGCCGGAGCUGCAUUGACAGACAACACAUCUGCUGCAAAAGAUUUGCAACAUUCCUCCUCCGUGUGCAACCUUAUAAGUAUGCAAGCUAAUGAGAAACAAGAGCAGAACAAGCUGUCGACAAAUACAAAUUGUUAUAUGUUAGAGGAGAAACAUUCAAGCCAGCUUGACCGAAAGCAUGCAACAGAAAGCAGCCCAACCACCAUCAUGGAAGCACCACAGGGUGCACAGAAAAGACAUGUUUCUGAUAUGAUAAAGGAAACUAUUGAGUUGCAGAAGAAGAUGAAGGAGUGGUCCAAGCCCGCUGAGGCCCGGGUCGAUCUGACCUUAGAUCCAACACAGUCUGUGAAAGUGUCACAGAUGAAAGCAGCGUUUGAUUCACCGAAGAAAUCACCUGACAAAGCAUUAGAGAGAAAACCUUCAGUAAGAAAAGGUAGGAACAUUUCUGAGAAGGAUGCAAUUCAUGUAACUCCCUUGGGAUGGAGCAGAAGCCCCUAG